AUGGCCUAUAUUGAUGGCUGACUGACUAUCCAUUCCGCUCUGUAUAAAAUGCCUCGUUACACUCCGAAACCCUAUCUCUGGGAUUUCGCCUUCGUCUAUCUGUGGAGCAAGAUCUGGAGCCACUGCGGUGAAAGGGCGCAGCUGAGAAGAUGAGUAAGCUUCAGAGUGAUGCCCUGAGGGAAGCUAUCGCACAAAUCAUGAAUGAUUCCAAGCAGGCAGACCGCAAAUUUGUUGAGACCAUUGAGCUCCAGAUUGGUCUGAAGAACUAUGAUCCACAAAAGGAUAAGCGAUUCAGUGGUUCUGUGAAGUUACCCCACAUCCCUCGCCCUAAGAUGAAAAUAUGCAUGCUUGGAGAUGCUCAACAUGUUGAAGAGGCUGAGAAGAUUGGUUUGGACUGGAUGGAUGUGGAAGGAUUGAAGAAGCUAAACAAGAACAAGAAAUUAGUUAAAAAACUAGCCAAAAAAUACCAUGCCUUUUUAGCAUCUGAAGCAGUCAUAAAGCAGAUUCCUCGUCUCUUGGGUCCAGGUCUUAACAAGGCAGGGAAAUUCCCUACACUUGUUACUCACCAAGAGUCCCUUGAGUCAAAGGUUAAUGAAACGAAGGCCAUGGUAAAAUUUCAGCUAAAGAAGGUUUUGUGCAUGGGAGUUGCUGUGGGAAAUGUUAGUAUGGAGGAAAAGCAAAUCUUCCAAAAUGUGCAACUCAGCGUUAACUUCCUUGUCUCCUUGUUGAAAAAGAAUUGGCAGAAUGUUCGUUGCUUGUAUCUGAAGAGCACUAUGGGGAAGUCGUACCGUGUCUUUUGAGGGUUUUGCUUUUUGGAGGCUGCUGUGGCGCUCAAGAUUUUUACCCCCCUAGUUUAAGUCAAUAGAGGGACAAUUAUUUAAAUUUUAGUUCUAUUUGAAGAAAUACUUUGUAUUUGGAUUAUCGUUUCUUUUGAUGAAAUGCUUGCUAA